UGGAUUUUAAUAGAUACCACUUGUGGCACUAAUCGUAAAAACGCGACUGUUGCAGUUAAGUUGAAAAUGGGUGACAACAAGUUGAAGAGAAACAUCCUAAUUAUUGGUCAGCAGCGGACAGACGCAGUCACCACCGGCCUGCUUGAAUGGUUCAAACACAGAGACGACUUCAACUUCCAUUUUAUCACUGGGGACUAUCCGAACAGCCCGGGCAAGAUGAAACCCAUCUUGACCAAUGGCCAGAAGAUUGAUGUCAACAUGGCAGCAUUUAUUGACGAGACUGUUCUAUACGUGAAGAAAGAGAACAUUACGGGAGUGACCGCAUAUCACGAUAUUGAUAUGAUCUUAGCUGCAAUUGUCAGUGAAAGGUGUGGACUUCCUGGUCCUUCCCCGCAGUCCGUUUUCUUAUGUCACCAUAAGUAUUACGCGAGACUGUGCGAGAAACCGAAGUUGUGGUUUGAGGGGAUUGACCUGAACAACGACGUGGAGUGGAGGUCAAAGAUGCGAUACCCCUGUUGGGUAAAGCCGGUCUGCUUGAUGUGUACCAUCGGAGGGAGGAGGAUCGACAGCGAGAAGGAGAUGGAGGCAGCUCUUCGGUUCUUUCGGAAGACGCUCUCGGAAGUGGUGAACUUCUUCGAAAUAAUCUUUAGCAUGGCGGUGAACAAAGCAGAAUAUCCAUUGGCAAGUAAGAUCAUGUUGAUAGCAGAGGAAUUGGUGGAGGGGGAUGACGUCACCCAGCACUGUGUGGAAGGAUGGGCUGACAAAGAUGGAAAUUUCAACUUAUUUGAGGUUGAUGAUGACGUCAUUUCCGACACGACAGUGUUCAACUCGGAGAUGAUCCCGUCAACCAUGUCUCAUGAAGAGCGCACCCUGGCGGUCAAUGAGAGCAAGAAUCUCGUCCACAGUGUUGGACUUCGGUCAUGCCCGUUCAUUGUUGAAGUGUUCCUCCGUAAUGUCGGGGGCAAACCACGAGUUGACUCCAUCGAAAUUAACCAACGGCCUUGUCCUACCCACCACUUCCCUCAGAAUGGUAUCAGAGGAAUCUCCCUGAGUGUGAUAGCAGUAUUCGUUGCCUGCGGGAUUGAUACAGAAGCCAAAGCCUCCCUUGUCAACUUGGGCCAAUUUGGUAAAGAGAACAAGUUCGCAAUGCUUUGCAACUUCCAGGCAAGAAAAUCCGGCGUCAUGAGCGAGUUAGUAGAUUUGGACGCCGUUGAAUACUACCGGGAGACUCCACAGGAGAAUGUAUACGGGAUAAAUCAUAGCUCUGGCGUGGUUCUAGAGUUUCCGGAAGAUCAUCAUAUUGAACUGCCCCCGGAAGGAUUUAGAAUCGGCUUCUUUGUAUUAUUUGGGAACAAUCCGAUUGAGCUACAGAAGCGAGCUAAUGUUGUGAGGUCAAAAAUUGUCAAAAUUUGAACUUUGGUGUCGGUACGCUAAUAUCUAGACCUUCGGUAUUCCUUUAGAACGAGAUGAGGGGGAAAGGUUAACUUAUGUAUGUAGGCCUACGUGAUAGGUUAAGUGGUACAAUUAUACCCCCUACUGUGUUGAAAACAGCUGGUGGUAAACAUUAUUGCACACUAUUGCACACUAUAUUUAUAUAUAUAUAAAUUAGGCGAUGACGUAGGCAUACAUGACCUGCAUGUAUGACCCGUCUAAAAUUUUCCACAGUCACUUUAAACUAUGGAGCCUGCUCCACAUCCCUCGGAAAAACGUGGUCGCAAAAAUCGACCCGUAAAAGACACCAGCGCAUGACGCUGACGCUUGCCAGAUGUCGCAACACAUUCUGGCCAAAUCACACAAUUUGGCUUCUAGAACGCACAAUGGUUCUCCAAUACAUGCAAAAAUCGAUCGCAGCAGCUGCUUGGAGGUUUGACCAAGAUUGGUAUAAAUCUGUGCACAUGUUACGUGGGUCAUUAAACAAGAUGGCGCCGAUAAGGAUCCAAAGUUUUUGCCAGAUAUUUGUAUUUUCGUUAAUUUUUCCGAUUUUUGUUGCACCAGAGGCCGAACUCGCACCAUCCGCAUUUCAUCAUCGGAGACUGUUGAUGAUAGAGACGGAAUUGAUAUAUAUGUUUAAACUAAUUAUGCGAUGGGAGGACUUGUUACAUGACGAAAAGGAGGAGCAUAAUUUUAACUCGACUGAGGUGAAACACUUCAUUCAGGAGACUGAGCCUCUGAACCAAGACGCAUUAGACAACCGGGAAUUCUACACUGCCAACCCUGUUGGCCUCUACAUCCUCACGAAACGACUCACAGAAAAAUGGAGGCCAUAUGUUGAAAAGUUCCAGGAGGAGAAAAUAUGUGGCCAACCUGUCAGCCAAAAACUCACUAAUUUCAACGCCGCCAUGCCGUCGAAAAAAGACCUUGACGAAGCCGCUUUUAACCUAAUCAACCUCCAGCGUCUCUUCGACCUCAAGACAGACGACAUUGCAAAUGGCGUCGUGGCGGGAAACAAGACCCAACCUUUGACCCCUGACAUGUGCUACGACAUCGCAUUGGCUGCAGAAGAGAAGUUAGAGUAUUACUACGCCAUUCAGUGGUAUGAGCGGGCAAUCGCCGGAUGUGGGCGGGAAAAGGAGACAGGAAAGCUGGCGGCCUCUAGCGAGAAGAAUAAGAACUUGGAAACAAUCAGGAAAGUGGCGUUCCGAGGACUGGGAGCAGUUUAUUACAAGCUGAAACACAUGCAGAAAGCAGUGGAGGUCGUCACCAAGGCUCUGGAGCACGAUCCAAACAGCAAAACCGCUGUUAACGAUUUGAAGUUUUACGAGAGAGUCCUGCGUGAUGGUGGUUAUACAGAACAAGACUUGAAACCGACAGAACCCCAGUCGAAACUUUUUAGGCUCUAUGAGGGCCUUUGCGGUGGAAAAAUUAAGCAGCCGGUGAGAAGGCUCUCCUGUUUUUACCUGGACGGAAACAACAAUCCAUUUACCCAAGUCCGUGUCGAAGUUCUCCGGAAAAACCCGAGGAUCGUUAUGUUCCACAAUGCAAUCAGUUUAAAUCACACGGGCAAUGUACUAGAGGGCGUCGAUAAGCUGCUCCGCAAGUCGGUGAUAUCGAAUAGAGGAUAUUCAAAGGAAAGACAAUGGGCUAACCUCUACAACCAUAACAUUCACGUGGAAAGGAUGCACAGUCGGUUUAAACAACUCACGAAAAUCGACUACGAUCUUUCGGAAACGAAGUAUAUGGCGUUUAACUAUGGAACCGGGAUCCCAAAGUCACCGUUCAUCGACUUGGAUGAUAUCGCACUUCAUGGAGGAAAUAGUUCCACGUUCAUGGUGUUUUUGAGCAAUGUUGAUGUCGGUGGCGGCGUCGUCUUCCCCUGGUUGAAAACAGUCGUCCAGCCCGAGAUGGGAUCAGCUUUAUUCUGGUACAACACCAAGCCUAGCGGUAAAGUCGACCGAAAACUCCUCUGGGGAGAGUGUCCCAUCUUACUAGGAUCAAAAUCGGCUACUUUCAGGGUGCACAAGGACUACGUUAACGACCCUCCCAAAUAUGGUAGCCUGAGUGUGGACUUGUGGGACAAGUGGUAGAUACAUCAACAGCUAGAAUCGAGUCAGUACGAGAGCAAAGGUGCUGCCCCAUCUGAUAAUGAAGACAUGGCAUUAUCACUAGGACUAUUGGCCCAAUACCAUAUAAGCCCAACGUGGUGCAUGGCUCAGGAUUGGCCAGCUGCCGUAGGCCCAAUUCUAAACUAUUUUAUUUUCGUUACCAACGACAGAAUUUUGUCGUGGCACGAUCUUCGCCUGGAACGGAUAAGUUCUAAAUGUUCUAUCACGCGAAAAAUGACUUACUGUUAAAUUUAUAUAUUAGUUGUCUGUACAUGUAUCAUUCAGAAAUUACACGAAUUUGAUUGCUAUUAUGCACACGUCAAGAGCAGACUUGAUUCAAUAGAUAAUUCUAUGUAUGAAAAUUGAUGAUCAUACUCUGUAUAAACGCUGUCGCUCCUGAUACAUGCAAGCCACAAUUAGCAAACAACGGGCCACUGCUACGGAGUGGUUGAGUUACCCGAGAAGCACAACCAAAACAAAGACUGAGGAAAGUACAUCUCAUAAUGGUUUUGCAAGUUAUGGACAUAUCUAUUUUACUUCUAUGAUUUGAUAAUAGGCAGAGUAAGCAAAGGGUUUUUUGUCUAAAGAAAAAACCGUACAAAUAAUAAACAAUCACAUUUGCUUGUAGGUAGUCCGAGAGGUACGCGUCUGCGACGAUAGAACACGGUACCGUAUUUUUUGUAUUUCACUAAAAAUACCAUUCGCCAACAUGCCACUAUGCCUGUUUUCUUUUUGGAAAGGAAGUGACUAUUUGGCAAGCCCGGCUCACUUUCUGCCCUAGAUGGAGAGCCGAACUCAUGCAUAUUCAACCAUCCAGGAGCUCAUUAUCAUUCGUGGCAACACGGUCAGCAACACUGGAGUUACAGUGAAACGCCUUUAGAAAUGCACACUAAUGCAUUUAACAUGCUUAUCAGUUAAUUCACGUUUAUGACUUUUUUUGUCAAUCCGGCUAAACUUUAGAAUCCCCGAUCGGAAAUCACGUAGUUUGAUCGCAUUCAACUAUAAAUCCAUUGAAUAGUGGUGCUUGGUUAGUCAACCGAUGACCUUUUUUUGGGGUGUGAUCGGGGAUUCUAAAUUCGUUCCGUAAAUCCAUACAGUCAUGUACAUGUACAUGCUUCUUCAUGGAUUAUUGACCAAAACCCGAGUUUAGUAACAGAAAUUGAAUCGAGAGCGGGAAGUCGGCCAUUGUUAAAUAUGCGCAUAUAAAUUUGAAUAUGACGUCACUACUCUCUGAUUGGCCAACAUGUUGUAACCUCUCCGGCAGUAUUUUUGGGCAAGCCCGGUGUGACAGCGGAUAUAGUCCCCCUGGAUUCAUAGUCCGGUAGCAUUGUAUUUGACCAAUUAGGCAGCAUGAUCUGUUGUACCGCUAACCCUAACCAAAACAUUUAGCAAUGCGGGCUAUUGUUACACGGACUAUCAGCCCUAGGACUACUAUCCCUUGCACACCGGCUUGCCGAACAGGGUGGCUUUUUAGUGCUGUUUGGCAAGCGGCUCUCCCAACAGGACAAAAAAAGAUGCAUGUUCGGCGAGCGGCUUGCCAAAUAGACCCGGCCUUUCUUUUUUUGCUGCUUUGUUGCCAAAAACGUAAUACAUGUAAUUGCUGUUUGCGCUGUAAACAAAAUUGGUUUAAGUGACUUGUAUAUUAUGACGACGGUGAUAUAUAGCUUGAGGACAUAUUGACUGCCGCUAGAGAACUUCUACGCUACACACUCCGCCCAGAGCGCAAUUAAAUGUGAUUUAAUGCAAAUCAUGAUUGAUAGUACCAAAGGUGCAAAAACGGCAAUCAUGAACGGA